CUAAUCGAUCGACGAUGCUUAAAAUACGCUGCCGUGUCCACCACUUGUUGGCCACAACAGGCAACCUGACGGAAAUCGCGACUUUCACUGCACUCGUCCUCCGAAGCAAUGGCGACAUCCGUGAAGCUCAACACCGGUGCACAAAUGCCCAUCGUGGGCCUUGGGACGUGGAAAUCCCCCCCUGGAAAAGUGACAGACGCCGUGAAGGCGGCCAUUUCGGCAGGGUACAGGCACAUCGACGGAGCUUUCGUGUACCAGAACGAGGUGGAGGUCGGCGACGGGAUCCACGCCAUGAUUAACGAGGGCGUGGUCAAGCGCGAGGACCUUUUUAUUGUCAGUAAGCUGUGGUGCACUUUCCACGACAAGACCAUGGUUAGGCAAGCUUGUGAGAAGACCCUGAGCGAUCUCAAACUGGCCUAUCUGGACCUCUAUCUCAUUCACUGGCCAAUGGGAUUCAAGGCUGGCAGUGAACUGUUUCCUUUGGAUGCCGAGGGCCAAACGAUUCCUGAUAACUCUGAUUUCCUGCAGACAUGGGAGGGGAUGGAAGAACUGGUAGAUGCCGGUCUAGUCAAAGCCAUCGGCAUCUCCAAUUUCAACCGGGAUCAGAUUGAGCGUCUCCUCAACAAGCCGGGCCUCAAAUACACGCCUGCUAAUAACCAGGUGGAGUGCCACCCGUUCCUGUGCCAGGAAAAGCUGAUCGACUACUGCCACUCGAAGGGCAUCUCGGUGACGGCUUACAGCCCCCUCGGCUCCCCUGACAGACCCUGGGCGAAACCGGACGACCCGUCGCUUUUGGAGCACCCCGACAUCGUGGCCAUCGCGGAGAAGUACAAAAAAACCACCGCUCAGGUCCUGAUCCGCUUCCAAAUCCAGAGAAAUGUGGUCGUGAUUCCGAAGUCAGUCACACCUCACCGCAUCCAGGAGAAUUUCAAGGUGUUUGACUUUCAACUUAGCGACGAGGAUAUGAAGACCAUAUUGGGGUUCGAUCGUAAUUGGAGAGUCUGCCCGAUUAAAUCGUGCGUGAAGCACAAGGAUUACCCUUUCCACGUUGAAUUCUGAUGGCGGGGAAAAUCUUCGCGUCUGCAAAAAGACGGACGACCGCUUACUUUUCUUUCGGGCACUAGUGGUUUGUUACUGUCCUUGUGUAAGGAAAGUCUUGAAUUUUUUUGCAACCCCGAUUUAUUAAAAAAAAAAAAAAAUUACUCAAUCACAGCAGCUUCACAAAAAGCGACAAGGUUUACAAUGCAUCGAUACGUUAAUGCUAUGCAGUUUUUUUUUUUUCUUCCUUCCGUGAUACAAGCACUUCCUCUUAUUUGCGAGUCAUACGUGGCACUUGUGACUGCUGCCGCUGUGAUUGCGUUGCCUCAUUUGUUUUCACUUCUGCCGCCCGCGUGCAGAAGCCGCACGACACGGAUGCGGCGUCCUUGGAUGCUCUUAAUGAGGACUGGGGGGUGGGG